CACUGCGAUUCUCUGAAGUUCGCCAGUCACGGAUUAUAUGCAGAGCAGACUGCAACAUUAUCAACAAAAUAAAUGAUCUAUUCAAAUCUUUCGUGUAUAAGAAAGAAGUGAACGAACGAAGUGUAUUUCCGUCCUGCGCUACAAUAUUGCUUUUGCACUGCUUUUUGGAAACGAGACAUAUGAGUUUUGAUGUGAAGAUGGCGGAGGGGAGCUUCUCGAUAUCAUCGUUCCCUUUUCUGGAUCCACAACUUUCACAAAGUUUGGUCUCCACGGGGGCCUCUGACAGACUACAUGUUGAAGCUGAAAACGGACAUGUUGCUGGUACACCGGACGAGUCUCUCUCUCCGACCUCGGUCAUUUAUUUUAAAGAGGCGCUCAGUUCAGCCAACAUUGGAUUUGCAAAGACUGGACUGUCAUCUCCUGUUCAAUAUGAGUUCAAUAUCGAAAGGUUGUCCAACAAAACGAAAAAUCCGAAGGACCCUAUAGCCAUCGAGCGGUUGAACCUGAUGAACAUGGCUAAGCUGAGCAUCAAGGGUCUGAUUGAGUCAGCCCUGAACCUGGGCAGAACCCUGGACUCGGACUACGCUCCUCUACAGCAGUUCUUCGUUGUCAUGGAGCACUGCCUCAAACACGGACUCAAAACCAAGAAGUCGUUCCUGGGGCAGAACAAGUCUUUCUGGGGGGCCUUAGAGCUGGUGGAGAAACUCACCCCCGAGGCAGGAGAGAUCACCGCCAGCGUCAAAGACCUGCCAGGACUCAAAACCCCGUUAGGAAGAGGGCGGGCCUGGCUGCGAUUGGCCCUGAUGCAGAAGAAGCUGUCAGACUACAUGAAGACCAUCAUCAACAGAAAGGACCUGCUCAGCGAGUUCUACGAGUCCAACGCUCUCAUGAUGGAGGAGGAAGGAGCCGUGAUCGCCGGACUGCUGGUUGGGUUGAACGUCAUCGAUGCUAAUCUCUGUAUGAAGGGAGAAGACCUGGACUCACAGGUCGGAGUGAUAGAUUUCUCCAUGUAUCUUAAGGAUGGUCAAAGCAGCAAGACGGCAGAAGGGGAUGGCCAGAUCACAGCCAUCCUGGACCAGAAGAACUAUGUUGAGGAACUAAACAGACACCUCAGUGCUUCAGUCAACAACCUGCAGGCCAAAGUAGACGCUAUGGAGAAGUCCAACACCAAGCUCACUGAAGAGCUUGCAGUAGCCAACAACAGGAUCAUCACCCUACAAGAGGAUGUAGAACGAGUCAAGGAGGAGAGCUCCUACCAGCUAGAGUCCAGUCGCAAGGCAUCGCGGGCGGUGGACGGCUUGGCAUCGCGGGCGGUGGACGGCUUGGCGUCGCGGGCAGUGGACGGCUUGGCAUCGCGGGCGGUGGACGGCUUGGCAUCGCGGGCAGUGGACGGCUUGGCAUCGGGGGCAGUGGACGGCUUGGCAGACGGUCAGGUGCUGGGAGAGGCACGCAAACAGCUCAAGGAGGAAACUCAGCUACGAUUGGAUGUAGAGAAGGAGUUGGAGGUUCAGAUCGGUAUGAAGCAGGAGAUGGAGCUGUCUAUGAAGAUGUUAGAGACGGAUAUGUGUGAGAAACAGGAUGCUCUGGUGGAGCUCCGACAACAGCUGGAAGACCUCAGGGCCCUCAACCAGCAGCUAGCGCAGAGGUCCCAGAACUUGGAGGAGGAGCAGAAGAGUGAGGUCAUCAGUCGCCUGGAGGAGAAGACUGAUCAGAUGGCUGGAACUAUAAGACUCCUGGAGAACAGUGAGGAAGACUGUGUGAAGCAGGCCAGAAGCUUGAGUUCCAACGCAGGGAAGCUGCUUCGGAAGCAACUAUAGGACUGUCCUCUCUUCCCGUUCGCUCCCCACAAUGACACCCACAUCAUAGUUUCAGAAAUCUGAUUCCCAAUCGAAACAUAAAACCAACCUUUGCAUAACAUAGAAAUGACUAAACCUGGGUAUUUAUUUUGCUAUUAUAUCUGUUGUGGUUAAACCUUUCAUUUCUAACUGUUAAACAAUCUUUUGUUUCCUAAAACUAAACAGCUUGCUUUCCAGACAGCAUUACUUUGAUUAGCAGCAUGGACUGAGACGGCUAGAGGGUGCCAGAGAGAGACUGUCUUUCUGGUGGACUGAGACGGGCUAGAGGGUGCCAGAGAGAGACUGUCUUUCUGUUGGACUGAGACUGUCUUUCUGUUGUACUGAGACCAGACUGUCUUUCUGUUGGACUGAGACAGGCUAGAGGGUGCCAGAGAGAGACUGUCUUUCUGUUGGACUGAGACAGGCUAGAGGGUGCCAGAGAGAGACUGUCUUUCUGUCUUUCCGUUGGACUGAGACAGUCUCUCUGGCGCCCUCUAGCCUGUCUUUCUGUUGUACUGAGACAGUCUCUCUCUGGCGCCCUCGAGCCUGUCUUUCCGUUGGACUAGCAGUGCAGGGUGACUCCACUCACAGUACUACAUCUUUCUGUGUUAAUAAAGAUAUCAGACCCACAGUUGUAAUGAAUGUUCCCUGAUAAGAGGUUUGGGAUGUCUGCCAUUUUAGUAAGAGAGAGGUUACUGUUCUGAAAAAUCUAAAUGGAUGCUGUUAUUUCUUGUACAUCGACACACCCAGACGCCCCCUACAGUGGCAUACCGUAGGUCCUUAGAACAGCCCAAUGCUACGAACAGCCUGUCCUUAGACCAGCCCAAUGCUACGUACAGCCUGUCCUUAGACCAGCCCAAUGCUACGUACAGCCUGUCCUUAGACCAGCCCAAUGCUACGUACAGCCUGUCCUUAGACCAGCCCAAUGGUUCGGUUACCAGAGACGCGACCCAGUCGUUCGUUCUAUUGGUUCGGUUACCAGAGACGCGACCCAGUCGUUCGUUCUAUUGGUUCGGUUACCAGAGACGCGACCCAGUCGUUCGUUCUAUUGGUUCGG